CCCAACACUGGCUGCUGAGCAACAGACGGAAGUACUGUAUCAACGUUUGCUUGAGGAAGAAGAAGCAUUUUAAAUUGAGCCGAAGAAAAACACGCACAAAACUUUUAGGCGUGGUACGUUCCCGUGACGCGCAUGCGCAGUGGGCGAAUGUCUUCUUCCCACAGAAAAGAAUCGAUCCAUUGUGACUACAGGGAGGACGCGUCGCGCGGCUGUACAUAAAGUCUACUGGCGUCUCGUGACGUCACGCAUCUUUAAAAUGGCAUUUGACAUUGUCGACAACCAUGUCGAAGACAAAAGUGACAAUUGUUUUUCAUUUUGCUCGUCGUCCAGCAGUUCGGAUGUUUUUUUCCUCCUCAGGACAAAAGUUUUCUGAACAAGCUGUGCUAAGAAGAAACGUGGACAGAAACAGGAAGUUGGACAACAAUUCCAAAGACGUCGAACAGACAGCAAGUGCUUGGCGAUGAACUGUGAAAAGAAGAGGAGUGGCUUCCAGAUCACCAGUGUGACCCCAGACUCAGGUCACACCUCAAAUUCCAGCCAACCACCUCCUGGCAUGAUCCUGACUGUUAUCCAAUCAACGGCCACCUCCAGCAGUCCUGGGGGGAGCUCUUCACAGCCCACGACACCCUCCCUGAAGAGGAAAUACAUAUCCCAUGAUGCCUUAGUGCAGGGGUGCUCGUCAUCCAGGUUCAGACUUGUGCGAUUGGCAGGGAGCAGUCCUAGCAGCAGAGGACACGGCGAUACAUAUCGUCGUGGCCGAUGGAUGUGCAAAGACUUGGUGGAGCAACCACAAGGGGUGGGGUUGAUGCCCGUCAUGGACAGCAUUAGACACGCCCACUCACUGGAGUCGCUGGAGUCAAUUAGCCGGGAAACAGGAAGAGGACUCCAUUUACAACGUUGUGAAGUCAAAGGUGAGGAGGGGGUGGGGUUAUUAGUGCAUGGUGGGCCAGUUCCAAUCAAGGUCCAACUCCCAGAGGAUAAUACUUCAGACUCCACCCCCCCUCUGCUGCAGCGUGCACGAAACCUCCCUCCUUCAUUACAUCUGUCCACUACGGUACGGGGGGAGUCUGUCCUCAGGCUGUCUCGCUCUCAGCCAAGCUCGCCCCCUGCUGGAGCCGUCCAUCUAACUCCUAUUCAGGCUCCAGCAGCCUUUGGCCUGGACCAGAGUAUCUUCAGUCUUCCGGCAGACAUCAGGUAUAGUUGCAGCAGUAGUGUACUUGCCAUUGACAACAAGAUUCAACAGGCAAUGGACCUGGUGAAGAGUCACCUGAUGCUGGCUGUGCGGGAGGAGGUGGAGCUUCUGAGGGAGCAAAUCAAAGAGCUGCAAGAGAAGAACCAGCAGCUGGAGGCUGAGAACCACAUUCUGCGCACACACACACACAUUUGAACAUCGUCACCACGCUAACAAGAAAACAAGAUGGACAAAUGGACAAUCGUCCAUCUAAUGAGGGAGCGGUAAUGUGUUUGUGACAAGACCGCUGUUCUUUCCGUCAAAUAAACAAUCAACAGAAUUUAAUUUUAUGUGGGAUUUCUGUUAAAACUGUGGAAGCUUUCAGAAGCACAACGACAUUUAUUUGACAAGGCAACUUGUGUAUAAAUUGUGUGUGAAUGCAGAACUGAAAUGCUGUAUAAAAAUGGAUUUACACAAAGAGUGGUAAUUUUGGGGAUGUGGAAAAUAAAUAGCCUGGAUGAGCUGAAUGUUUUGCUGUUGGAAUGGUUUGAAUCAGUUGAGAAAUAUGGAAGUAGUAAUAAUUCUUAAGAUCAAAGGGAAUUUGUGUUAUUGAAAAAUGGAAAAAUGUGUAACAUCGUUAAUAUGGAUGUCCUGAAUGAGUGGAAUGUUUUCAUGUUGGAAUGGUUUGAAUCGGGUGAAAAAUGUGAGAAAUGGGAAUGUUGAUAUGAAAAAUGUAGCAUUACGGAGAAUGUAGAAAUGUUUUGAAAUGUGUCAAUGGAUAGGGUGUGUGUCCAGAAUCACCUGACCAUUGUGCUGUAGGAAUGGUUUGAAUCACCCCAUAUCGGCAGGCCAAGCGAUGUGCGGCUUCAGCAGUUGUCAAAGCAAAAACUGUGGGAGUUGUGGGAGUAGUUUGGUGAGGCCAUGAAGCACGAUUUUCGGUCGGCUUCUAAGAGGUUCUGUCGAAAUGUCUGACACUUCAGACAGGGGACUUGUCUACACUGCUUACAGUGGCGAUGAAGGCCUGUUGACCUCAACUGAAGAUAUAAUUGAGCAGCGGAAGGAAUACUCUGAGGCCCUUCUCAAUCCCAUUGAUAGUUAAACGUAGACAUCUACAUCACUAUGGCUGAGGUAGCAGUCAGAAAACUCAGUUGCAAAGCGAGUUUCAUUGUGAAUUCCUUAAGGCUCUGAAUCUUGUGGGGCUGUCUUGUUUGACACAUCUCUUCAACACUGCAUGGAAGUCAGGAACAGUACCUCUUGAUUGGCAGACCAGUGUGGUAGUCCCUCUUUUCAAGAAGGGUGUCCAGAUAGUGUGUGUCAACUACAGGGGGAGGACACACCUCAUUACCUCAAUACCUCAAACCUAUUCCACAGUCCUGGAGAGAAGAGUUAGCCCAACUGCAGCUACAGGAAGUGCAAUGUGUUUUUUGUGCUGGGCACUGAACACUGGACCACCUCUGCACCCUUCCAAGGGUACUGGAGGGUACAUCGGCGUAUGGACUAUGCCAGAGCGCUAGAGAGAAGAGUUAGCUGAAUUUCGACUACAGAAUGCGCAAUGUGAUUUUCGUCCUUGUUGUGGAACACUGGACCAGUGCUACACCUUUGCAAGGGUACUGGAGGGUGCAUCGGAGUUCUGUCCAUAUGUGCUUUUGUGGGCGUUUGACCGUUUCUCUCAUGGUGUCCUGUGGGGGUGGUGCAGGAAUACAGGGUUGGUGGCACGCUACUAUGUUCUAUUUACUGGGUUUGUGUGAAGCUUCUCGAAUGAGACUCAGAACCUCCAAAUCUCAGGCCAUAUGGUUGUCAGCUGGGAAAGGGUCCAUUGCACUCUGGGUUGGGAGUGAGGUCUUGUCCCAGGUUGAAGAGUUCAAGUGUGUCAGGAUUUUGUCCACGAGUUAGGGAAGGGCCGACGUAUCCAUCAUUUUGACAGCUGUAAGACAAACUGGUGAUGACGUAGAGUUAAUACAUGGACAUUUAUUGCCCUAUCUUGCGGAAUACUUACUAUAUCAACAGUAAAUGACAGUAUUUUAGGACACAUUUCAAUGGAAGUGUAUAAAAGACUUCUGACAAAUUCUCUCAACAAUAAAUGUCUUCACACUUCCUUCCAACACUGGCUUUCAACAAAUGAUGAAAACA